GGACCAGGUCUCCGCUGGUACCAACAACAUGCUGCAGAAGUGCGUGUGUGUCUCUGACUUCGAGCAGGAAGCCAGGAGACUUCUUCCUAAGGCAGUAUACGACUACUACAGCUCCGGAGCUGAUGGACAGAGCACUCUGGCUGACAAUGUUGCAGCCUUUAACAGGUGGUAUCUCCUCCCUCGCGUGAUGAGGGAUGUGUCUACUGUGGACCUGUCUGUAACUGUGCUGGGACAGAAGCUCAGCAUGCCUCUUUGUGUUGGAGCCACAGCAAUGCAGAGGAUGGCUCAUCCUGCGGGAGAGACGGCUACAGCAAGAGCGUGCAAAGCAGCAGGAACAGGAAUGAUGCUGAGCUCCUGGGCCACCUCCAGUAUAGAAGAAGUGAUGGCAGCAAUGACCACAUCACCAGGCAGUGAGGGGCUUCUUUGGAUGCAGCUUUACAUCUACAAAGACCAGGAACUCACACUGUCUUUGGUACGACGGGCAGAGAAGGCGGGUUACAAGGCCAUCUUUGUUACAGUGGAUACACCAUACUUGGGAAAGAGGCUGGAUGACGUGCGCAAUCGCUUUAAAAUGCCCCCCCAUCUGAGGAUGUCAAACUUCUCUACAGCCUCCCUGGCCUUCUCUGAGGACAACUAUGGCAGCGAUAGCGGUUUGGCUGUUUAUGUUGCGAAUGCCAUAGAGCCAGCUCUCAGCUGGGACCACAUCACCUGGCUGAGGAGGCACACACACCUACCUGUGGUUGUAAAAGGAGUACUGAAUGGUGAAGAUGCUGCUAAGGCUGUUAAUUAUGGGGUCAGUGGCAUCCUGGUGUCCAAUCACGGAGCUCGACAACUUGAUGGGGUUCCUGCAACGCUGGAUGUACUGGAGGAGGUGGUGAAGGCAGUUCAAGGUCGUUGUGAGGUCUACCUGGAUGGAGGAGUGAGGCGAGGGACGGAUAUCCUGAAGGCCUUGGCUCUUGGAGCCAAAGCUGUAUUCAUCGGCCGCCCCGUGCUCUGGGCCCUCGCCUGUCAGGGAGAAGAAGGAGUAACUGAGCUUCUGGAACUUCUAAGACAGGAGCUGCAACUGGCUAUGGCUUUGUCAGGUUGUCGUUCCCUGUCAGAGGUGAGCAGGUCUUUGGUCAGAAGAGUGGACUUCAGCUCCAGGAUGUGA